AAACACCAUUUAAUAACGUCUUUGGCUAUUUACAUCGGCCCAACUCUCCUUUAGCACUUCACUCUCCGUUUCUAGGUCUUUAUAUUUUAGAUGACUGGUUUGAUUUCUCACCAUGGAUUUUAUUAUGUUUUUUGGUGAUGUGAGCGACAUCCCGGACAAUGCCACUAUUCGUCAUGCUUCGUUGUCUGUGCUGGCGAGACACUUCCAAGGAUUACGAGAAGCAAACAUAAUCCCCUGGCAAAAAAUAUCCUCGUAUAUAAAUACGCGUAUCAAUUCUGAAGCCUUACCACCUACUGUCGCACAAGUAUUCCUUACCACCUACGAUAACGAACAUGUCAUUGCCACCGCUCUUCGCCAGGGUGUUUCGGCUUCUAUUCGACGGGUGGCCAUGGAUUGCUUCAAGAAAAAAUGCCGAUCGAGCGAAUUCUCACACAUGUGGGCCGCUAUAGGUAGAAUACCCGGAUUGAUAGCCUUGAUGUCAACCAUGUCAGUGCGUGACGUAAAUCGUCUAUGCCGAUGUAUUGGAGAAUGCACGUCCAAGAAGCCAACAGCCGGUCGACGUGAGAAGGUCUUUACAGACUUGCUUAAAGCGUUGCGCAACACCGAUGGCAGUAUCCCUCUUGUCCCAAAGAAUCCCGAUACAAGACCUCUAGAUUUCUGCUACAACAAGAUCCUUCCUGCAUGCGAGCCGCAUGUCAUCUUUGACGAAAUCACUAAAAUCGAGAAAAUUAGGAAAAUGACCGAUUGCGCGACCAUAAAAGGCUACGUAGACAAUUUCAACGACGCUAUAUUCCCCGAGAAUGGAAUAGGCAAGAAGAUGACACCCUACAAAUUCGUUCUCGAUGGCAAUGAUGUCCAAUUUUCUCUAAAUAUCCUGAUGAGAUUGUCUUUCAAUCACGAUUCGCUUAAGAUCAACGCAGAUAACCUUAUCCAGGACCUCGCUCGUCCCCUAGCUAGGCGCCUUCAUAAUCGAAGAGAAGGUGACUACCUACAAGAACCUUUCUUCGACUCACUCAUCGACUGCAUUAGAAAAGAACCCAGCAUUGCAAACGGGCUGGAUCAUUCAAUGAUAUCAUACGCCAUUAAAGCGUGGGACCGUGCUUACGGGAGACGAGAAUGUAUAAAGCAGCAUCUUGCGACCCUAGUGCAGCUUGCGACAAACGACCACCAGUGGACGUUGGGUGAAAUCGCGAACGAGUUACAGCAUGUUAAACCUAGCUUGCGAGCUCAACUUUUUAGACUCUUACUUGGAAAUGCGAGACCUUUCAGAGUGGCUAUCGACACUUCUUUUGGCGCCGAUCGUGAGGCUCUCAGAUCUCUAGGCAAAGCCUGGCCGCCUAAACUUUUCUACCUCCUCCCUAGCCGCAUAUCGCUUCGUCUUUUCAAGGUCCUCAGCUCAAUCCACCCAAAUGGAAAAUUUAUCGCCAAGGAUCGCGGCGCAGAGAAAGGCAUGGAAUAUGUCAAUCAUGAUCAUAUGCAGUACGGCGAUUCAGACAUGCUUUUUGCUUUACUGCGGUCGAGGCGACAUUACAACAACCCCUACAACAUGACUCUACCUGUAGAGACACAUAAUAUUCUCCAACAACGAAAAUAUAAAGCUAUGUCUAUACGCAAUGAGGAAGAGAUGGCAAGCUGGAUCCAGUCAAUUAUUCGCUUAUCUAUUGCAUCUGGAUCAUUGUUUUUAUACGAAGAUACCGUACUCUGGGCACGGCAAUUCGAUGGAAACCCGGUAGUCGCUAAAAUGCUGUUGUCUAGUAGUACCUUAUUAUCACAAGAGGGCUUAGAUAUCUUGAGUGGAAUAUCCCGACCUUUACUCAAGCACUAUUCUUCAUUACAUCAGCUCCAAGAGAACGUUGAGCGAGCGAACCGAGUGCUAAUGCAGCACGUAGAAAUGCUUUCUUCACGCUACGAAUCGGCCUCAAUUUUACUGCAAAACAUGUUCAACGUAUUUCUACUGCCUGCGUAUGUAAUUCAACGAAGAAUGGAACGGCUACGUGCCUUUAAAGCUCGCACAAGACUAUCCGAUGAUGAAAUCUACGAGUCGGUAUGGGAACCAAGUAUCAGUAUGCUACUAGAUACCGAGCGCCUUUUACUCAAAAUAGGCGAUAAAUACUCUUUUCUGAACAAAAUCCGGGGCCCGUUGAGGCAUUUAUCCCUUCCAAAUAAACCCGAGCUUCAUAUCCGCAGAUUUCUCGAUGUACUGGGAGAAUCGCGCGAUAAGCUCUGGCAAGAGUACCGAGCAGAGAUAAACCCCAUAGUCGAAGGUCUUGACGUACCUUGGCCGAAAGGUCUCCCUAUUCAAGCCCUGGUGUCACACAAACUCUCCAAUUGGAAAGAUAUGCCCUAUAUCGAGUUACGAGCGGGAGGAGUCUUGUUUGCACCAGGAAGAACGUUGAUAUCUCCUAUACCGAUGCAAUCAGAAGAGAGAGCUGCUAUAGGACCAUUUGUGGACGAUUUCAUAUUCGCCUUGCAGGUUUUCGUAUCGGCAGUGGAUGAAGGCCCUGAACGAGAAAGCAGGGUUCUGCAAGCCUGGGACCAUGCCGUAGCGAAUUUUAGCAGCGAACAAAUGUCUAAGAAACAGGCACUAUGGUACUGGAAACACAUUUUCUCGUUAGCCCCCAAUGUUAAGCUGCCACAUCCAAUAGCAUCAUUAUUUAAAGUCUCCUAUCUUCAAUUUCCGGAACAUAAUCGCUCUACAGUUUUCAAAUGGAACCCAAACCAGGAGCUCGUGCAACUUCUACCAACACCGACCAUCAUCCAACCCCCAGAGAAGCUGCCCGGAUCUUGUUUAGAAUGUAUGCUUAUGGUUCAUAAAACAGGAUCCUCCAAAACUGUUUAUUCGCCUUUCCAAUUUUGCGAUGCAGAAACCAUUCAAACUAUGAGUACCUCGUCCAUUUGGGAUGUCUGGAGCUCAAGAGGCACCAUCCCUUCAGAGGGUACAGAUUGCGCUAUCGCAAUUACGGUGGCAUUUUUAAAUGUAGUGUAUGGAUCAAACUUCUCCCUGUUCGAACGACCAUUUCCAUCUAAAGACGACAUUCGGUUCCCUGCUUUUCGCUUGGAUGAGAAAUUUCUGGAAGAUGAAAGCAAUCUGGGAAAACUGAGCUCGAUAUUGCGGAUCUUGGAACACCUCUCACCAUGCAUCCCCGGAACAUUAUUCCAGGGGCUUGCCAGGUCAAUAUGGAAGCGCUUACAUGCCGAGGAAAAGGAAGACCCGGAGAUACUCAAGGCUGCUAUAGGGGUUGUGAAAAUAAUUUUACGUGGAGACCAUCCGGACGCUGCCCACGAGUUCAUAAUAAAGGGUAUAUUGAAACCCCAAGAGAACAACUUAUAGCGUAGUUGUUUCCUUAAUACUAGCUUCCUUCGGCGUCUAUCCACAUAUGCAAUCCAGGAUUUACUCGACAGCUUAUGUUCAGC